AUGCUGCUUCCACUCCGGCACUCAUCAUGCGUGCUCUCAAUUCGAUCUGCAUAUAGUCGCCUCGCAGCGACUCGCACACUAACAACACUCGCUUCCUCCGCGUUCGCCGAAAUCGUCUCUCGGAGCUCAUCCAAGCAUCAGAUCUACCAGUCGCUCUCGUCCGACCCGUUUGUCAAUCUCUCAAUUGAGCAAUAUCUUCUCCAGAAGACGCCAGAGGAUUCCAAUGUUUUGUUCUUGUAUGUCAAUCGGCCUUGUGUCGUGGUCGGUCGAAAUCAGAACCCUUGGCUUGAGACGAAUUUGAAGGCUUUGCAGAAGAUAGACGCAUCCGGGUCCGAAGUUUCAUCGUGUAAUGUGCUAUAUGUGCGACGACAUUCAGGCGGAGGCGCAGUGUUCCAUGAUGAAGGCAACCUGAAUUACAGCGUCAUCUGUCCCCGCGAAGUCUUCACCCGCGACCGACAUGCGGAGAUGGUGGCACGCGCACUCCAAAAAAUCGGCGCAGUAAACGCCAUGGUCAACGAGCGACACGACAUCGUGCUGACUCAAAACCCCAAGGACUCUGCACGACAGAAAAAUGCUACCGGAAUCGAAGACCCGCCGGAAGAGUCGACUCCGCAAGCCCUUAAGGUCUCCGGCUCAGCGUUCAAAUUGACUCGAAACCGAGCAUUGCAUCAUGGGACUUGUUUACUCGACUCGCCUAAUAUUAACAAUCUGGGUGCGUUUUUGAGAUCUCCCGCUAGACCGUAUAUCCUCGCAAAGGGCGUGAGUAGCGUGCGAUCUCCCGUCGGAAAUGUCUCGGCAGGACUGGUCGAUUCCGCGGAGCCGUUUUCGAUGCAGCGCACUAUCGUCAAUAUAAUGGAUGAAUUCGCGCGACUAUAUGACACUGGCAGUGAAGUUCGGGAUUGCGCGAAUCGGUUGAAUAUGAAUGAGAGCGAGUUUAAUGCUGGUGAUAAUUGGGUUGCGGGUACUGUGGGAGAGGUACAGUUACAGGAGGUACCAGAGAUUCAGAAUACGUCUCAGACGAUGAAGUCGACCGACUUCAAAUUCCUCCAAACGCCCGAAUUUACCUUCUCAACUUUUCCCACAGAGGAAGAUCCAAGGCUGCGGCCUCCACUACCAAGUUCUCUACCUCCUUCGACAAGAAUAUUUCUCCGCGCCAAAAAGGGCAUCAUCCUAGAAGCAUCAAUAUCCACCUCGACCGAAGCGGACACCAUCCAAGAACAACAACGGCACAGCUCUGAGAAGUUAAUCAACAAAACACUUCACGAAAUGGAUGAGCAGUCUUGGAGAGCAAUGGUGGAUUCCGUGGUGGCUAUUGAUUGCGAUGGACAGGAACAGAGACUGGUAGAUGCAGUGGUUGAUGAUUUGACGGCAUUUAUAUGCGAGAAGUUUGGUGUAUGA